GUAACGAACACAUCGUGUGAAGCGCGUGUGUUGUGAUGCUACAGUACUGAUAAGCGAGGACAUGAUCAUAUCUAAGGACUUGUUUCUAUUGGGUGACCAGGACUAUUUGCGCCUUCCCAAGGAAGAGAAGCGGACUAUGGUUCGUCCUGCCACCACUAAGAAUCAAAGGGUGGAAAGCAGCGAUGUGCCAUGCCUGGGCCGCCACCACCACCUCCCCCAUCACCGACCCCUGGAGUUGGUGUUCCAGGGGGUUACCGUGGCUCUGGACAAGCGGCAGAUCCUACGGGAUGUCUCCGGAGUGGUAAAGCCCGGUCAACUCCUGGCCGUCAUGGGUCCCUCGGGCUGUGGGAAGACCACCCUCCUCAACUGCCUCAGCGGUAGGGUCAAGCUGGCCGCGGGCAAUAUCAGACUCAACAGGGAGAGGCUCAAUAAGAGGUGGAAGAGGAAGAUCUGCUAUGUGCUGCAGCAGGACAUAUUCUUCCCGGACUUGACUUUGAGGCAGACCCUGGAGUACGCUGCUCUGCUAAGACUGCCAGACUCCCUGACAAGAUCUCAGAAGAUGCAGUACGUGGACCACAUCAUAGAAGUCCUGGACUUGGGGUCUUGUCAACACACAAUUAUUGGAGACUACCUCAAGAGGGGCUUGUCGGGAGGAGAGAAGAAGAGAGCGAACAUUGCGUGUGAACUGCUCACCAACCCUGCUCUCAUGCUGCUCGACGAGCCGACGUCAGGACUAGACUCACAUUCUGCGUACAACUUGAUGCUGUGUCUCAAGCGUUACGCAGAGAAGGAGGGGAAGACGGUGGUCGUCACGGUACACCAACCUUCCUCGCAAAUCUUCCACAUGUUCGACAAACUGUUGCUGUUAUGUAACGGACAGACAGCGUAUUUUGGAGACUGUAAUAAAGUAGUAGAGUUUUUCAACAACAUCGGACUGACGGUUAUGUCCCAUUACAACCCUGCUGAUUUCGUCUUGGAACAAGUCAAAGGAAGCGAGGAGAUGAAAGAGAAGAUAAUUGCGGCGUCAAGGGAGAUGCGGUUACGACCCGACUAUCCACCCGAACUUCGACCCGAAUACUUCAACCACUCUAUCUGUGAUAAAUACCUCAACAACUACCACGAAAACCACUCACACAUUCACUCCAAUGGACACAUAGGAGGCGAACAAUGUCACUGCCAAAGAGAAAUGUGGACGAACGCACAGAACUCGAUAGCCCGGGCGUCUACAGAUGUUUGUGUGGCGAUAGGUGAAACAACGGAAUCCCAGGGUCACGUUUAUACAACUGUCGCAGUAAAAGAAGAAGAAGGUAAAACCCUGUGGUUGGACAACCAAAGUCACGCGUCAUCCUCAGUCAGUAGUUCCGACGAAGAUGUAAGCUGGCAAUGGCCCACCAGUUUCUGGACUCAGUUCAAGGUGCUCUCACAGCGGAAUUUCCAAGAGGCCCGGCCCCGCAUGCUGUCGACCCUCAACUGGGUGCAGACUGUGGCGCUGGGACUGAUGGCGGGGCUGCUGUGGUUCCGUCUGCCCCGCACUGAGGAGUCCCUCCAUGACAUACAAGGCUGGAUGUUCUUCUCCACCACGUACUGGAUGUUGUUUGCUCACUUUGGUGCUCUCUCCUCAUUUCCACCUGAGAGGGAAGUAAUCAACAAAGAGCGUCAGAGCGGGGCGUAUCGUCUGUCGGCCUACUACCUGGCCAAGAUGGUGGGCGAGCUGCCUCUAACCAUCACACUACCAGCAGUCUACCACCUCAUAUCUUAUCCCAUGCUGGGGCUGCAUAGUGUCAGCGUCUUCCUCACUCUGCUAGGCUUUCUGCUGCUCAACACUAUAGUGGCGCAGAGUGUGGGUUUCUUUGUGGGUGCGUGCUGUAUGGAUAUGCAAGUGUCCAUCACUAUCAGCGCACUCUACACUCUGGCUACUCAGCUGUUCGGAGGGUACCUCGCCACCAACAUCCCUCCGUGGCUGACGUGGGUCCGCUAUCUCUCCAUGGUCCACUACGCCUACCAGAACAUGCAGAUCGUCGAGUUCGGCGAUAGAGAUGGCAUUCUGUGUGCACCACAUUCAAAGUUGGAAGUGUGCAAGGACUCAACGCAUAUCCCAGUGUCCUCCAUCUUGGAAAUGCAGGGAGCCAACCUACCUCUGUGGGCCAACACGCUGGUUCUGUUGGCAUUCCUGCUUCUGUUCCGCCUGCUCGGCUACAUCGUGCUGCGCUACUUCCGUCGGCCCAAAUGAACACCUUGGACCUUACACACCAGUCUGUGAUUGUUAGCUCUAAGAGGGAACAAAUCUUAUGUCAUUUUUCAUAUUAAGGCUGUUAACAAGUUUAUCACAGUAUUUGAUAGAGAUGGCUUGGAAUGGGUCAUGUUAAAAAUAUUUCAAUAUAAAAACAUUGCUAAAUUAAUGAUCCAGUUUUUGUAAAGUUUUUGACCUAGACUUAACAGAUAAUCAAAAAUAUCUACCGAAAUUGAAAUGACAAUCUGUGGUUUGUAAUUUUUUUUUAAGAACUACUGUACCAUCUUCAGGCCUUUAAACCUUUACAAAAUCAUAAACAAGUAGUUUUAAUAAUUAUAAAAACAAAAAUUUACACAAAGAAAAUUACCUACUUCUGAUAUAUUUAGCCAUCAAUAUAAUUUCUACAUUUGUUUUUUAAGGUUUUGUUGUCUUUUAGAGUUUACAAGCCCAAUAUUGUUAAGUGAUAUAACUAAUUAUUCCACAUUUUGAAAACUAUUUUUGUACUGAUUUAAAAAUAACUUUAGUGAUUUCUACACUGCCAAAAAUGUUUUUAACUUUUAAGUGACGUAACAACCGCUUUUUGAUCAACUGAUAAACUUUUAGGCCUUACUUGACCAAGGUUGUAGGAAAUUCACAUUAUAGCACAAAAACAAUUGUAAAGCGUUCAAUUGCGAAGAAAUAUUUUUUAAAUGAUUAGUUGUGACCUCGUAAUUUUGUGUAAUGUUCAAUGGAGGUAUAAGACUCAUUAUUAGAUGAUUAAGAGACGUGAAGACCUAUUGUUGAGUGCCUUGUGUUCUGAUGAGUGCCAAUGUAGCACACGAUCCCACCAGUUAAGUGUCCACAGGCACAACUUAUUUUAAGUCUUACAGUAAUAAAAAAUGUAUUCCUAAUUUAUAAUAAUGCGAUGUUCAUAUUAUAAAGGUACCACUCUAUAAUUUAUCACUCAUUAGGUUAAUACGCUUUUGUGAUGCUGAUGUAUAUAAUAUUGUUACUGCGCGGCCCCAAAGGGCCUCAAAUGUGAUUGUAGAAUUAGUUAACUGUUUUGUGUUUUUGUUAUUCGAUUCGUCUAUUGUAUAUUUUCAUAUCCUUGUACAAAAAGUUUUAAGGGCGGAAAGGUCGACUUCGGAUCGCCGUUUUCUGCAUUUUUAUUUUUAAACGUAAGAGUUUGUAAUUUAUUUUCUAGUAUAUUUGCUGUGUGUAUGUUUUUUAUGAAGUUACGAGAGGACUUUGUUAAGUUAGGUCAUAGCAUUCCCACUUCAUCGACCUGUACCACUCGUACUAUACCUAGUCCAAUCGAGAAGCAUUUCGCUGACAUGAGCUAUUUAUAUUUAAUAAAUUGUUAUUGCGAUUCAUA